AUGGCGCUCGACGCAGCCCUCGACGUGUCCAGCAGCAAGCCACCGGUGCCGCCGCCGUCGCCGACGAGGAUCGACUCAUGGGCGCGCGGCGGGAGGCGGUCCAAGCGCCGCGCUGGGAGCCCCGCCAGCGACGGCGGCAGCGGAGCUGGAGGAGGAGACGACCACGACCAGUCCGAGCAGGAGUACCUCGCGCUCUGCCUCCUGAUGCUCUCGCGCGGCCUCCGCGGCGACGCCGCCGCCGACGCCAGGAGAGCGGGCGCGGCGCCUACGGCGGCGAAUAAGGCCGACCAGCACCAACAGCAUGGGUACGAGUGCUCCGUGUGCGGCAAGGUGUACGCGUCGUACCAGGCGCUGGGCGGGCACAAGACGAGCCACCGGAAGCCGCCCACGCCGCCUCCCCCUCCGGCGGCCGCGGCGGCGCCAGGCGACGAGGCGUCGUCCGGUUCCGGCGGCAGCGCGCACGCAGAGGAGAAGGAGAAGGAGAAGGAGAAGGUGCACCAGUGCUCGCUCUGCCUCCGCACGUUCCCGUCGGGGCAGGCGCUGGGCGGGCACAAGCGGCUGCACUACGAGGGCGGCGUCGGCGACGGUGCCAAGGACAAGGACAAGGACGCCACCACCAAGACCAACAAGGCCAGCGCAGCCGCGCCGGCGACGACGGCCUUGCUGCUGGACUUCGACCUCAACCUGCCGGCCGAGGGCGCGCCGCCGGAGUCCAAGCGCGCACGGACGAUGCUGCUGCUGGUCUGA